CGGCUCCCGCGAGCCCCGCCAGCCCUCCCGUUUGGGCGGCCUCGGGCACGCAGCAGUUCCGCCAGUUCCAGCGCUCGCCACCCGUGGCCCUCUCGGUGUUGGCCGCACCACAGGAGAUGGUGGUUGUGGGGGUGAUUGAUUUACUCUUGACCGUCGUCUGGAUUCUCGGAGUCGAGGAGGAGACGCGGACACGUGAACAAGUGACUACAUAAAGCUGAUGUGUAGCCGAAAUGAAAUAAAUGUUUGUAAAUCGACCAGGCUGUAGUGACCGCUGUGUACUUAGAACACAGACAACCGUACUAAGCCGAAUAGGCGGCCCAGAAGGCAUAGGAGAGCUGGCGUAGCGCGGGGAGCAUCCGGGGAGAAUCCGGGAGGAGCGCGGAGAGCAUCGGAGGAGGAUCCGGGGAGGAGCAUCAGAGGAGGAUCAGAGAGGAGCGCGGAGAGCAUCGGAGGGUCACGGAGGAGCGCGGGGAGCAUCGGACGAGGACCAGGGGAGGAGCGCGGGGAGAAGCAGGAGGAGAAGCACGACAGGACUGUGUGUGACCACUGCUGGAUGGCGCAGGAUGGGACUUGUACUGGUCCCUCAGCAGGAGUUAGGUGAUUGGAGCACAUGUUACUGUGGCUGUGGUCGCAGGAUGGGAAGCAUCUGAGACGAAGGGGGACCAGUGAGGAGACUACUUCCAGGAGCACAGGCGGCCAGGACCACCGAGUGCACGCUGACAGCCACGCGCCAGGCUCGCAGGUGGCGGGGACCACGCAGCGCACGCGGACGUCAGGCGCCGGGACCUCUGGUGGCUGGGACCACCGAGUGGCGGCCGGCGGCGGCUAGAGAGGCCCAAAAGUCCUUCGCGCAGCCGCAGCCCCGCCCCGCCCCGCCCCGGGGGCGCUACUUUCGGAAGUGUUGGGGUGCGGCGAUCCGGCUCCCCUGGUCCGGGUGGGGUUGCCGAGGAGCCGCCUCCUCCCGCGAGGGGACCCGGGGAGGCAGCGCCCGCCUCCGGGUAGGUGCCGCAGCCUCGCAGUGUGUGCAAUCGGGACUCCGGGGGACACACGCACGCACGCACGCACAGACACCCGCCGCGACGAUGGGGGCCAGGUAGCGCUCCAUUCGAAGACAAGGUCAGUGCCCGGGUCCUAAGUCUCUGUGCGGUCAGGCCGCCUGGUUCGACUCAUCCCCCUGCCACGUAUUGGCUUUGUGGCUUUUGGCCGGUCCCUUGACCUCUCUGUGCUUCACCUGACUGCUUUGUAAACCGGGGAAAAUGAUAUCACCUAAGUCGUGGGGUUGUUGUGAGGCUUCAGCGAGUUAAGAUGCGUAACACGCACCAGGCACAGAGUAAGAACGAUUCAAAGAUUUGCUGUUAUCAUUGCUAUUGAUACUUCUCAUUAUGACGGCCUGUUCUCUUUCAUGAGUGAUCUUGGCUUUUCUUACGUUUAAGUUUUAGGGCCAUCUGUCAGUUUUCUUCGUGAUGAACGAUUUCUCUAUUUUAGAAAGGAAAAUAAAAUACUCUCAAGAAGAGCCUGUCCCUAAGCAAAGACCCAAGCUGUACUUUAAGGAAAAUUCCAGCGAUCAUCUCUGUUCACCCAUAAAUACAACUACAGAUCCUCCUGCAGGAGCACGGCGGCCCACUAGAGCCAGAUCCAGGAUGGCUGGAGAAUCGGCGGAGAGCACAGCCUGGGACGCCAAGUCCGCAGAGAACCACAUGGGGCCUCUGGUGGUGAAGACGGAAGCGGGAGAGGCCUCUGCCCUCGUGCAGGACGCCAGCCCCCAUCGGGGUCCUGAAGACUCCCGCCGGCGCUUCCGGGGCUUCCGCUACCCUGAGGCCGAGGGGCCCCGCGAGGCGCUGCGCCGGCUCCGCGAGCUGUGCCGCCAGUGGCUGAGCCCGGAUAUACACAGCAAGGAGCAGAUCCUGGAGCUGCUGGUGCUGGAGCAGUUCCUGACCAUCCUGCCCGCCGAGCUCCAGGCCUGGGUGCGGGGACAGCACCCGGAGAGCGGGGACGAGGUGGUGAUGCUCCUGGAGCACUUGCAGAGACAGCUGGAGGCGCCGACACCGCAGGUCCCAGGUGGUGGCCAGGGCCAAGAGCUUGUCUGUUGCGAGAUGGGAGCACUGACACCUUCCCGCGGAUCACGGAGUCCCCAGUUCCCGCCGGUGAGGGCUCUGCUCAAGCAUGAAUCUCUGGGAUCACGGGCCUUACCAGGCACAGUUCUCCAGGGUCCUGGGCUUGCCCCGGGAGGGCGCUGCAGAGGAGACGCAGUGGUGGCGGCCAGGCUGCCCCCAGAGCCCCAGGGCUUGCUGAAAACGGAAGACGUGGCCCUGGCUUUCUCCUCUGGCUGGGCGCAGCUGGAUUCCUCUCGGGGGAGCUUCCACGGAGAUGAAGGGCGGGAGAACCCCGGCGGCCCGACCUCCCCGGGUGGUGAAACAGAGGCCGAGAUCCGGGCCCUGCCUGUGGACGAGGUCCGGCCGGUACAAGAGUCCGGGGGAAUACCACGCCCCCUGCGUGAAGACACUGCCCAGAUUCCUGAAGGCACUGAAGCUGCCGAAUAGGAGGGCAGGUUCCCGAGAAAGCAGAAAACUGCCGCAGGAAGUAGGAGGCACUACUGUCAUGAAUGUGGAAAGAGUUUUGCUCAGAGUUCAGGCCUGACUAAACACAGGAGAAUCCACACCGGGGAGAAACCCUAUGAGUGUGAAGACUGUGGCAAGACCUUCAUCGGGAGCUCUGCCCUCGUCAUCCAUCAGAGAGUCCACACUGGGGAGAAACCCUAUGAGUGUGAGGAAUGUGGCAAGGUGUUCAGUCACAGCUCAAACCUCAUCAAACACCAGAGAACCCACACUGGGGAGAAGCCCUACGAGUGUGAGGAGUGUGGGAAAACCUUCAGCCAGAGUUGCAGCCUCCUUGAACAUCACAAAAUCCACACAGGGGAGAAGCCGUACCAGUGCAACAUGUGUGGCAAAGCUUUUAGGCGGAAUUCACAUCUCCUCAGACACCAGAGGAUCCACGGCGAUAAAAAUGUGCAGGAUCGUGAAUGUGCAGAGACCUGGGAGAGUCAGGGGAGGGUGGAAAGCCGGUGGGAAAACGUUGAGGCUCCCGCGUCUUACACAUGUAACGAGUGUGACAGGAGUUUCACUCGGAGUAGAAGCCUUCUCGAACAUCAGAAAAUCCACACUGGUGAGAAACCCUAUCAGUGUGACACUGGGAAAGGCUUCACCCGAACUUCAUACCUUGUUCAACACCGGAGGAGCCAUGUUGGAAAGAAAGUUCUAUCACAGUGAGCCACGUCGUACGUGCCAGAGUUGUUCAUUCCUCACAGAACGGGGCUGAGGCUUUACUGACCGCUACAUGCCAUCUUGUUAGAAGGCUGAGUCUGGAGGGAUGCAUUGUCUUCUACAUUCUAGAAGGUGGCUGGGAAACAGCUUGUUUGAUAGGAGGCUCUGGGAGAGUUGUCUGGAAGAGGUAGGACAUGAAAUGAUUGUUCUCACCUACUGGACUGAAAUGGGCCUCCAGACUGGCCAGCAC